UUGGCCAUGAAUGCAUCACGCAGGUGAUUGGCUGCUUGGGAACCUGGCGUUUGAAAGGGAACAGGAAGACAUUCUGACAGUUCAUUAGCUAAGACUUAGCUCUUUUAAAACACUGUUAGAACGAGUUUAGGACAGCGUUAAAAACAAAAAAAUGAAUAUAUAAUGACGCCAUAGUGUUCGAACCUCGAUUCACAAUAACGACAUGAUUCUGUAAUUAACACCUGUCAGAGGAGACAGUAUUCAGUCAGAUGAGGAGUCACCAACAGCAGGCAGGAUGCAGCAGAAAAGGAACAUCCAGAUCAUCGAGUGGGAGGACCUCGAUAAGAGGAAGUUCUACUCUUUCGGUGUGUUCAUGACGAUGACCAUCCGUGCCACUGUCUACCCAGCGACACUCAUCCGCACUCGGUUGCAGGUGCAAAGGGGUAGAUCCCUCUACAGUGGCACACUUGAUGCCUUUUGUAAGAUCCUGCGUGCCGAGGGCCUGCAGGGUUUGUACCGUGGCUUUAUGGUCAACUCCUUCACACUGAUCUCAGGCCAGGCAUACAUCACCACCUACGAGCUAGUGAGGAAGUAUGUCUCACAUUAUACAGAGAACAAUACGGCCAAGUCGCUAGUGGCCGGAGGAUCGGCUUCCUUGGUGGCACAGAGCAUCACAGUUCCUAUAGAUGUCGUGUCUCAACAGCUGAUGAUGCAGGGACAGGGGAAGGACCUCAGUCGCUUUAGACUGAACACCGACCUGGGAAAGACUGAAAGAAUGUUUGGGCAAACUAGAAACAUUAUGGCUCAGAUCUUUGCUGCUGAUGGUUUCAGGGGCUUCUACAGAGGAUACUUUGCUUCUUUACUCACCUACAUCCCAAACAGUGCCGUCUGGUGGCCAUUCUAUCAUUUCUAUGCUGAGCAACUGUCUAACCUAGCUCCCAGCAACUGCCCUCAUCUGAUUCUACAAGCUAUGGCUGGACCUCUAGCUGCUGCAACCGCCUCAACUGUAACCAACCCUAUGGAUGUGGUCAGAGCCAGGAUUCAGGUUGAAGGCAGGACAUCAGUCAUAGAGACUUUCAGACAGCUGAUUAAAGAGGAGGGCUUCUGGGGAAUGACCAAAGGAUUGUCAGCUCGUAUCAUUUCCUCCACACCCACCGCCAUCGUCAUGGUUGUUGGAUACGAGACGCUAAAAAAAAUGAGUUUGCGACCAGAGCUGGUGGACUCCAGACAUUGGUAAAACACAAAGGAUGGAGCACGUCGAAUCACAGCCCAGAAGACAUCAAGAACUUUGUUUUUUGUUUGGCCCAUUCAUGUUCAUUUUUAUGCAGAUUUUAGUUACAGAUUUAACACUGCAGAGACAGAGUUGUUCCUUUAACUGUGAAUUUAA